AUGCUUCGCAAGUCUCAGGUCGAUUUGAUCAAGGCUUUCAUAGCAACUGCCCAGGCUGGGCAGUCCGUGUGCCAGCAGAUGCUCAUGGGUGAAGGGAAGACUACUGUCAUUGCUCCGGUGCUUGUGCUCCUUCUGGCUGAUACUACCAGGUUGGUGUGCGCCUGCAUGCCAGCUGCGUUACUUGAUAUGUCUCGUGCAGUGCUCGCGGAGCGUUUCUCUUCGCCAGUUCUUCCCAGGCCAGUGCUCACGCUGGAGUUCCAUCGGCAGGUUCCAGCCACACAGGCAUUGCUUUGCAAGUUGGAGGCCGCGCAGCGUGGCAAGGCAGCAGUGAUUGCAGCUCCAAAUUCUGUCAAGAGCAUCCUGCUCAGAAGAAUUGAACUGCUCUUGGAGAUCCAUCAACUUCAGAAGCUCCGGCGGAGCACCUCCGCUGAGUCGCAGAAGGGCUCGUGGCUACGUUUCCCAUCCUGGCUGUCCAAUGCAUCUGAUGAAGAACCAGGAUCCAAUCGAAGUGGGCCAGCUCCACAAUCACCACGGAAGGAGGAAGGCAAAGUCGAAGAAGUCCGUAUUUGUGGUGCGAUUCUCAGUCUUUUUCACGGAGGUGUAAUGUUGCUCGACGAGGUGGAUUUGCUUCUUGAUCCCUUGAGGAGUGAGCUCAACUGGCCGCUUGGCCGAAGGUACCCCCUGGACAUGACAGGACCAGGGCGCAAUUUGACACACAGGUUUGGCUUCCGCUAUACGCUGCCCUUUGACUUGCUGGACGCAGUCUUUGCAGCGGCGACUGGAUGUGCGGAGACUGCGCCAUCCAAUCGCCGCGAAGCGCAGUCAGCCUUGGGGGCACUAGCAGAGAAGAUCAAGCAAGGACGGAAGACUCUAAAGGUGCAGGUCACUCCACAUUUCGUUCUUCUCUCGAGGGACUUUUAUGUGAAGGAGAUGCUGCCGCACUUGUGUGAUUGGGCAGCCCUUUUUGUUGAUGAGCAUUUGGAGGGGGCACUUUUGCCCAGUGAUCUCCGAUCUUUGCUGCGGCAGGGGAGUGGUGAUGCGCGGACACAGCAGCUCCUGUGCAAUGCAAGUGCGCAUGCCAUUAGAGCGCUGAAUCUGACCCUGACGUGGCUUCAUCACUUGAUGCCGUACAUCCUUAGCAAGGUGCACAGGGUAUCCUAUGGCCUUUUGACCGGACGCACCCUAGAGCUUCACCGUGGAGCUUUCAUGCGGCAGUCGCGAAAGCUCUUGGCUGUUCCUUUCAUUGGCAAGGAUGCACCCAGCACAUCCUCGGAGUUUUCGCAUCCGGACGUAGCCAUUGGCUUCACCAUCCUCUCAUACCGUUUACAUGGCCUUCGUGAGCGAGACGUCCUUACCUUGCUCAACGUGCUGCUUGACGAGAUGAGAGCAGAGAGCACCCUUUCCUUUCAUCGCCGAGCUGCAUGUCAGGCCUAUGUGGCCAUGGUUGUUCGUGCUGGAAGCAGGGUGCGCGGAUUCACUGAGGAUGGAAGAUGGGUAGGUGAUGCAAAGGAAGAUCUAAAGAAGUCCAGAUCGCGAAGACAGACGUCGGUUGGGCGAUGGGAAGGCAGCAGCGAAGUUGCAGACAGGAGGCGGAGUCUUUGGCCAUUAGAACUGCUUGACAUCUCUGACCCCGAGCAAAUCCAAGUGGUCUUUGAUAUCUUGCGUUUUUCGCCUUUGGCCAUCCGCCAUUUGUUGGAAAAGCAUGUUUUUGUGUCUGGAACACUGGACCGGAACGAGAUGCAACUCAGUGCAUCUGGGCAGGAGCUUGCAGGGCCCCAGCUAUUUGGUCGAUGCCUGGGUUUCAGCGGCACGCCCAACGAUCUCUUGCCGAAAUCCAUGGGUCGAUGCAUCUAUGCUGCCGGCGAUGACGGGAAGGUGCUGCAGGCGCUUAGCAGCACAGACACUGUCACUGCCGUGGAGUUGGGCCAGUGGAGUCCAUGCAGUAUUUUGGAUUUGGUAGCCACUGCACGUUCUUCAAGCAGGCCCAAGUACCAUGCACUGAUUGACUCUGGAGCUCUUGUCACAGGCUUGAGCAACAGUGAGGUUGCGGAGUACUUGCUGAGCCAUGGACUGGAAGGUUUGGAUGGCGUGCUCUUUCUGAAUGAGCGAAAUGAACGUGUUGUCCUAGAACGUGACAGCAUGAAAAUUGUCGAGCUCGCUCAAUGUGGCUUGAGCCCUGCUCAGCGCUUCACAUUCUAUGACCAUGUGCAUACCACAGGCAUGGAUGUCAAACAACCUUUGCUUUGCACUGCUGCGCUUACAUUGAGCAAGGACAUGACAUUGCGGGAUUAUGCGCAGGGUGCCUACCGCAUGCGGGCAAUAGGACACGGACAGCGCGUCGAAGUUCUCAUGACGCCUGAGGUUAGGUCGUUGAUGAACAAGUCAUUGAGCACAGUGGAGAAGUUGCAAGAAGAGGCCCGAGCUUCCGCCUUGGCUGCCUUGAAACGGAAGCCUGAGGCCUGGGCGCAGGCAGUAUUGGUGGAUCUCCUUGCUUGGCUGGUGCUGAAUGGCAUUCGAGCCGAGGCCAGAAAGAGGCAUUUGCUACAUCAGCAAGACUUGCAAAACCUUUGGCGAGCUGCAGCAUGCCGAGUUUUGGAAUCGCCCCGUGCGGAGCAGCUCUUGGCAGAGGGCCGCUUGAAGAUCGCCCUGUUCGAGCUUUUGGGAUCUUUGGACUUCUGCGUGUCGGAGAAGAGACCUGGAGAAGGUGGCGAUAGUGUUGAGGCACGUUGGCGUCGGGCAGUUUCACGCCACGUUGGCAAAGGCACAAUCGGGCACAGUGUUUGGACCAACGAAGCUGCCAGGGACGAGGCUCGGGCAGAGGCAGAGCGCAUACUUCGCCAGCUUGAAGGAUCACACGACGAUGACGAGUUCAACUUCUCAAAGGAGCAGGUCCAGGAGCAAGAGCAAGAGCAUGAAGAGGAAGUGGAGCAGGACCACGAGCAAGAGGUGCAGUUGGAAGAGGACCUGGAGCGGGUGCCCGAAGCACCAGCUGAGCAGCGCUAUGCACGAGAUGCUGAGGAGGCUGUGCCAUGGCCAUUGCGAGGCUUAGCACCAAGGAGCCGAGAGAUGCUUCCCUUUUACCCAAUGGCAGACUUUGCGGUGAACAAGGGAAUCUUCAACGAGUCCAGUCCAGUGUUGUCCGGGCUUCCACCGUUUGUGAUGUUGAGUGACAAUUACUAUCGACGACAGUGGCGACUGAGCUCUGUGAGAAGGCUGCGCAAUGUGAUUUGCUUCUUGGAAUGGGUCCCAUCAAUCAAGCACCUCAAGCGCUUUGCCGUCUUCGAUGCCACUGAAGAGCAACGAUUUCGACUCCGCGAAGCGUUGAACCUUUGUGCUGGUGGACGUGACGACUGCUCCCUCGGAUUUGGUCGGGAUGAGGUGCGAGCACUCUGUGGCGUGUUGGAUUUGGCUGAUGAAGGUGAAGCCCUGACGGCAAAAAUGUCGCCCAGCAGCCGAGUAACACUCCAAGAUUUGGAGAAGGAGCUGCUCACUCACAGCAUAUACAAGAUGCAGCAGGGCCGCUACUUCGUUGCACUGAGCUUGGAAGAGGCGGAGCAUCUACGUGGCACACUGCAUUUGCUCCGGAGCUCAAGCCCUGCCACACUCCCCGUUGAGUGCGGCCUCGCAUUGAGGUGCAUCACUUGCAAAGAAUCUGGCAGAGAUGAUUCCUUGCUUGAUUCCCAUGGGCCUGUGCUGGACAGUGUUGAGCUAGGACACCAGCUUGAGGCUGCUGAACAAGUCUUCCGUUUUCUCAACAGCGCAGAGGACUUCCAGGCUCGCGAGGUCAGCGUUUUGCUACGCACGCUUCAGCUCACCAGGGUGGAGAACCGGCUGCCUUGGUGGCUGGAUGUCCGAGCCUGCCGACGUCGAAGUCACCGGCCGUGGCAGCGAUGCCCUCUUGCCAAAGUCUUCCAGACGGUGGACGAGCUGGACGACUGGGCCACGAAGGCCCUGCUUUUGCGCUUGCGAUGGGCUUUGGCAGCCCAUCAACUUUGGCCAGCAGAUGCCUUUCGCCUGAUGGAUGUGGGGGGCAACGGAUGUUUGCAGAAGAAGGACUUGGCCACUGGACUUGAGCGACUUGGAGUCAAUCAGGGGCUGUCGCAAGAACGCUGGAGGCGACAAGUGGAAAACCUGUUUAGGUGGAUGGCGCAGGAUGGCCGAGAGGUGGUCUUCAUGGACGAAUUCCGAACAGCCAUGGAGUUUCAGGCGAACUGGGAGGUAGCUCCUUCCGCCUCUUCUCCGUCUGUGUCUCCGGCCCGUGUGGAGUGCAGUCCCAAGAAGGCUCCAGAUGCAAAAAGUUCCGCAAACACAUCUCCUUUGAGAUCAGGUACGGAAGCUCCAUGUGCUGCGCCAGAGGUGCAGGCUCCGAGCCCGCUGUCUCCAAGUCCACCUUCUCCAACCCUGGAGAGUUUUUUGGCAGAGUCACCCAUUCGAGUUUCUCACUACCUGACUGCGGAUAUGUGCCAGAAACAGUCUGCUGGGCGAUUCAAAGUGAAGUGGCAGAAGCACAGCUCGUUUCGGCCCUUGUGGUCAGAUGGGCUCUUGAGCAUUUGGGUGGCACAUGAGCUCAUUCCGCGUGGAAACUUCAUGGGCUUGAAGCGAGGCUCCAACGCCGUGAAGGAGAGAGUCGUUUUUGGGCAUUGUGUGUCCACCGCAAAGCCUUCCGUGCAACUGCUCGAGGUGACUGAUGAGGAGCACAGUGGAUUUUUUUGCGAAGCAUCCUCGAGAUGA